AUGACGUCACUGAUCGAGGGUGUGUCCUCCUCCUCCUCCUCGUCCUGCUCCCCGUGCGCGGCCCCGCUGCUGCAGGUGGAGCUGCCGCAGGUGCCGCGGGCGCUGCUGCGCGCCCUGAACCGGCAGCGCCUGGAGGGGACGCUCUGCGACGUCUCGGUGCGCGUCCAGGGCCGCGAGUUCCGCGCGCACCGCGCCGUGCUGGCCGCGGCCUCGCCCUUCUUCCAGGAGCAGCUGCUGCUGCGCGGCGCGGGCGCGGCCAUCGAGCUGCCCCCGGCGCUGGAGCCCGCGGCCGUGGCGGCCGUGCUGGGCUGCGCCUACACCGGGCGGCUCUCGCUGCGCCGCGGGGCCCUGCUGGCCACGCUGACCGCGGGCAGCGCGCUGCAGAUGUGGCACGUGGGACAGGAGGAGGAGGAGGAGGAGGAGGAGGAGGGGAGCGAGGAAGGGCCGGAGCCCAGCCCCGAGGGGCCGUUCCCGGGUCCCAGCCCCGUUCUGCCCCAAAACCGCCGCGUUUUGCCCCAAACUCCCCGGGUGAAGCGGCGCUGGCUGCAGCAGGACCUGGUGCUCACCUGCGAGGAGGAGGAGGAGGAGGAGGAGCCGCCCCCGAUGGAGGGGAGGGAAAAUUCGGGAAUGGGGUCCGGAAAUAGCCGGGAAAAUUCGGGAAUGGCGCUCAAGAGGAACCAGGAAAAUUCGGGAAAAGGGUUCGGGAAUAGCCGGGGAAAUUCGGGAAUGGGGCUGGGGAGGAACCGGGGAAAUUCGGGAAUGGGAUCGCGGGAAAAUUCGGGGAUGGGAUCCCGGGAAAAUUCGGGGAUGGGAUCCGGGAGGGGUCGGGGUUCCUGGGGCGGCGAGGAGAUUCGCGGGAUUCCGCACGGAAAUGAGGAAAUUUCGCUCGGAAAUGAGGAAAUGUUGCUCGGAAACGCUGGAAUUUCACACGGAAAUGAGGGAAUGUCACUCGGAACCGAGAGAAUCGUGCACAGAACCGGCAGAACUUUGCGUGAAAACGAAGGAAUUUUGCACAGAACCGGCAGAAUUUUGCACGAAAACGAGGAAAUUUUGACCGGAAUCGUAAUUUCGCACGAGAACGAGGGAAUUUUAACUGGAAUCAGCAGAAUUCCGCACGAAAGUUCGGGAAUUUUGAGCAGAACCGGCAGAAUUCGGGACGGAACCGCGGGAAUUUUGAUGGGAACCGGCGAAAUUCUGCAUGGAAAUGAAGGAAUUUUAACCGGAAUCAGAGGAAUUCCGCACAGAACUUUGGGAAUUUCGCAGGAAAAUUCGGGAAUUUUGACCAAAACCGCCAGAAUUCGUGAGGGAACUGAGGGAAUUUUGAUGGGAACUGGCGAAAUUGCGCUCGAAAACUCGGGAAUUCUAACUGGAAUCAGAGGAAUUCCGCACAAAAUUUCGCACAGAACCGCGGCAAUUUCGCAGGGAAGUUCGGGAAUUUUGACCAGAACCGGCAGAAUUCGGGAGGGAACCGCGGGAAUUUUGACGGGAACCGGCAGAAUUUGGUAUGAAAAUGAGGGAAUCUUGACCGGAACCGACGAAAUUCCGCACGAAAACUCGGGAAUUCUGACUGGAAUCAAAGGAAUUCCGCACAAAAUUUCGCACAGAACCGCGGGAAUUGCGGAGGGAACUGAGGGAAUUUUGACCGGAACCGGCGAAAUUCCAGAGGGAACCGCGGGAAUUUUGCACCGAGCCGGCGGAAUUCCGCACGGAAACGAAGGAAUUCUAACCGGAACCAGAGGAAUUUCGCACAGGACUUCGGGAAUUCCGCAGGAAAAUUCGGGAAUUCUGACCAGAACCGGCAGAAUCCGGGGCGGAACCGAGGAAAUUUUGACGGGAACCGACGGAACUCCGCACGGAAAUGAAGGAAUUUUAACCGGAAUCAGAGGAAUUCCGCCCAAAAUUUCGCAGGGAAAUUCGGGAAUUUUGACCCGAACCGCCAGAAUUCGUGAGGGAACCGAGGGGAUUUUGCACAGAACCGUCGGAAUUCUGGACGGAACCGCGGGGAUUCCGAGCAGAACCGUCAGAAUCCCGCAGGAAAACGCGGGGAUUCCGCCCAGAACGGCGCGGAUCAGAGGGCCCGGCCCCGCCCAGGGCGCACCUGCGCGCCAGGUGAGCGCGGGCAGGGCGGGCAAGGGCGGGCAGGUGUUCGUGUGCCACUGCGGGAAGGCGUUCUCGCACCGCUCCAUGCGGCAGCGGCACGUGAACAUGCACCUGGGGCUGCGGCCCUUCACCUGCGCGCUGUGCCGCAAGCGCUUCAAGAUGAAACAUCACCUGACGGAGCACAUGAAAACGCACACGGGGCUGCGGCCCUACACCUGCCACACCUGCCACCGCUCCUUCAUGUGGAGGGACAGCUUCGUGCGGCACCGCGGCACCUGUGCGGGGACACCCGGCACACCUGAGUGACACCUGGGACACCUGAGUGACACCUGGGCACAGAUACUGUCACACCUGUCACACCUGCCACACCUGCCACCGCUCCUUCAUGUGGAGGGACAGCUUCGUGAGACACCGCGGCACCUGUGCGGGGACACCCGGCACACCUGAGUGACAC